AUGGCGGCGGACGGUGGUGGCGGCGGCAGCGGCGGUGCGGGACGGCGGCUGCCGCCGCACUCGCCCUCGGGCCUGGUGCUGCAGACGGUGGAGAUGCACACGGGCGGCGAGCCGCUGCGCAUCAUCCCGCGGCUGGAGGCGGCGGAGGAGGCGGUGGCGGCGGGGGGGCUGUCGCUGCUGUCGCUGCGGCGGGAGGUGGCGGCCACGCAGGACCACGUGCGGCGGGCGCUGGUGCACGAGCCGCGGGGCCACGCCGGCAUGUACGGGGCGGUGGUGGUGCGUGGCGGGGCGGCCGCCGCCGGCGCCCACCUGGCGGCCCUCUUCCUGCACGGCGCCGGCUACAGCGCCAUGUGCGGCCACGCCGUCCUGGCCCUCGGCCGCUUCGCCCUCGACUACGGGCUGGUGGCGGCGCCCCGCCGCCCCGAGACCGCCGUCCGCCUGCGCUGCCCCUGCGGGCCCGUCACCGCCUUCGUGCCCUGGGACGGCCGCCGCAGCGGCAACCCCGUCCGCUUCCACAGCGUGCCCGCCUUCGCUGCUGCCACUGACUUGGCCAUCAAUGUCCCUGGUCACGGGAAGGUGGUGGUCGACAUCGGCUAUGGUGGCACUUUCUACGCCUUUCUCAGUGCCGAGCAGCUGGGACUCGAUGUGUGCUCUUCGAAGACCAGAGACCUCGUCAAUGCUGCGAGCGCGGUGACGGAAGCAGUGAAGAAACAGUUCAAGCUUCAUCACCCUGAAAGCGAGGACCUGGCUUUCCUCUACGGCACCAUACUGACAGAUGGGAAAGAUGCCUUUAGUGAGGAGCCCACCACCAACAUCUGUGUGUUUGCAGAUGAACAGGUUGAUCGAAGUCCAACAGGUUCGGGUGUGACAGCUCGUGUCGCCUUGCAGUACCAUAAGGGACUCAUACAGAUGAAUCAGACCAGAACCUUUCGGAGCAGUACCACAGGGUCCUUGUUCACCGGGAAGGCCGUGCAGGAAGCCAAGUUUGGGGACUACAACGCUGUCAUCGUGGAAGUCUCGGGAGAAGCAUUUUACACCGGUACAGCCACUUUCACUGUCGAAGAGGAGGACCCACUGAAAUACGGCUUCUUCUUCAAGUGACCUGAGCCACAGGGCAGUGGUAAAGUCUCACUGAUGGUGCUGCGCUUCUCCUGCCCAUGCAUUCCUGUUCUGCUUCUCCACACGGCUCAUUGCAAUAUGCCAGAGCAACAGGAACAGCCUUUGGUGGCGUGACAGCAUCUGCCUUGUUUCCAGAUAACAGGCAGUGUUCCCCUGUUGUGAUUAGCAUAUUGGGUGCAAUGUGAUUAGCAUAUAUGGGCUGCUCUGAGAAGCCAUAAUCUUUUUCUUUUUUUUCAAUAAUUAUUCACAGAAAACGGAGCUGAUCUUGGAGAGCUGUCUUCAAAUUCAUGUGCCUUCUUUACAUCUGCAAAUUACUAAUUUCAAAGCCAGCUUCCUAUUAAACGCCAGCUGAAGACA